UCCCAGUACCAGACCUGUGCCGUCAUCACCGACCGCAGCACAUUUCCUUAGCAUCAGCACUUGGCAACGCCAUCGCAUCAUCCUCCCGCAACUACGUAGCGAAUCCACUAUCGCAGCAACUGGACACUCGCGGGCACAGCACAGCAUCCCUCCUAGGGUGGUGUUGACGCCCCGCUUCGCAGUUUCUGCUCUUAUCGCUCCUUAUCAGGACAAAUACGACGAAAGGCCAGGCAUUUUGACAUCAUCAUGCCUUUGACGGGCGUGCUAGCCGGCAAGACUGCCAUCGUCACAGGGGGCACCACGGGCAUCGGCCGAGCAAUCUGUCUCGAGUAUCUGCGCCAGGGCGCCACAGUUGCGGUCAACCACCUCGGCCUCGAGAAAGACCAGGUGCAUCUGGACACCCUCGUCGAUGAGGCGGCGGCCCUAUGCAAGGAUAACUCUGACGCUUGUAAGCUGGUCCACCAAGCUGGCGAUGUGAGAGAGCCAGACACGGCGGCCAAGCUCGUCGCGCUGGCUGUCGAGGCCUCGCCAUCACAGAGACUGGACAUUUGCGUGUCCAACGCGGGCAUCUGCACAUUUGCCGAGUUCCUCGACCUAUCGCCCGACUUGCUCACAGAUACGGUGCGCACGAACCUCGACGGCGCAUUCUACGUUGUGCAGGCGGCAGCGAGGCAAAUGGCCAGGAGCCAGAGCCCGCCGGGCGGUAGCAUCAUUGGCAUAUCGUCCAUCUCGGCGCUGGUAGGCGGUGGACUGCAGACGCACUACACACCGACCAAGGCGGGCGUCAACAGCCUGAUGCAGAGCACCGCGGUCGCGUUGGGCAAGUACGGCAUCCGAUGCAACGCGCUGUUGCCGGGCACCAUCAAGACGCAGCUCAACGACAAGGACCUUGAGGACGAUGCCAAGAGAACCUACAUGGAGGGCAGGAUCCCGCUCGGCAGGACAGGUGUGCCAAAGGACAUGGCUGGCCCUGCCGUCUUUUUGGCAAGUGACGAGCUGAGCGGCUAUGUGACGGGCGCUCAGCUGCUCGUCGACGGCGGCCUCUUUGUGAACCUGCAAUAACAUAGACGCAUGUGAAUAUUAAAAGAAAAAAACAACAUGCUGGAUUCGGGCUGCACGGGGACAUGCAUGCAUCCUUGGGUGAGGCUCGGCGCACGACACAUGUCGUGUCUCAUUGUGACAAUACUACCAAGUAGUCUAAUAGUGUUAGCAGGGUUAACGAGUAUCACUGUCUCAACCUCGACGUGAGGACGAGCCGAUCCCUCCCUCAUACAGACGGGAAGGACACACCUUGCUUGAGGUUCUGACACACAGGACAUAUGUAGGCCCAGGGGGAUAAGAAAAUGCAUGGCGCAUCUGCAUGU